GGGGACACAAGCACAAAUCCAUAUGGAGGAUGAAUCUCCUCCUUCUCAAGGAGUCAGUGUCAAGGUCUUGGAGGCAACAUUAUUGUCAGCCCUGAAGAUGCUGGAUGUUGGGAAAUGGCCAAUUUUUUCUCUCUGUUCCCAAGAGGAGCUCAAAUUAAUUCGUCAAGCCUGUGUAUUUGGCAGUGCUGGUAAUGAAGUGUUGUAUGCAACUGAAAAUGACGAGGUUUUUGUGCUUGGCAUGAACUGCAGCGGGUGUUUGGGAACAGGUGACAUGCAGAGCACUAUUGAACCAAGGAGGUUAGAUUCUCUAUGUGGCAAAAAGAUAGCCUGUCUGAGUUAUGGAAGUGGCCCUCAUGUUGUACUUGCUACAGAAGAAGGAGAAGUGUAUACGUGGGGUCACAAUGCUUAUAGUCAGUUGGGCAAUGGUACAACAAAUCAUGGUUUCGUUCCCUGUCAAGUCUCUACUAACUUGGUGAACAAGAAAGUCAUUGAAGUUGCCUGUGGCUCUCAUCAUUCUAUGGUGUUAACAUCUGAUGGAGAGGUAUACACGUGGGGUUAUAAUAACUCAGGCCAAGUUGGAUCUGGUUCAACAGCUAAUCAACCAAUUCCUCGAAGAGUUACCAGCUGCCUACAAAAUAAAAUAGUAGUUAAUAUAGCUUGUGGACAGAUGUGCUCUAUGGCUGUGGUGGAAAAUGGAGAGGUCUAUGUCUGGGGUUACAAUGGUAACGGCCAGCUUGGACUGGGCAGCAGCGGCAAUCAGCCAACACCAUGCCGAAUAGCAGCUUUGCAAGGCAUUCGUGUACAGCGGGUUGCCUGUGGCUAUGCACAUACGUUAGUGCUAACAGAUGAAGGUCAGAUUUAUGCCUGGGGAGCCAAUUCAUAUGGCCAGUUAGGUACUGGGAAUAAAAGUAACCAGUCUUACCCUACAACAGUUAUUGUGGAUAAGGACAGAGUUAUAGAGAUUGCAGCCUGCCACUCUGCUCACACGUCGGCUGCCAAGACCCAGAGCGGCCAGGUGUACAUGUGGGGCCAAUGCCGUGGGCAGUCAGUGAUCUUUCCCCACCUCACGCACUUUGCCUGCACUGACGACGUGUUUGCUUGCUUUGCUACCCCUGCCGUUAUGUGGCGUCUUCUAUCAGUAGAGCCUGAUGACCAUCUAACAGUAGCCCAGUCACUAAAGAAGGAAUUUGACAACCCUGAAACUGCAGACCUGAAGUUUCUAGUGGAUGGAAAAUACAUUCACGUUCAUAAAGUUCUUCUCAAAAUUAGGUGUGAACAUUUUCGUUCCAUACUGAAUAAUGAUGAUGAAAUUAUAGAAAUGAGUGAAUUUUCUUAUCCUGUUUACCGAGCCUUCCUGGAGUACCUGUAUACAGACAACAUUAGGCUCCCUCCUGAAGAUGCAAUAGGACUGCUAGAUUUGGCAACACUGUAUAGAGAAAACAGACUGAAAAAGCUUUGCCAGCAAACAAUCAAACAAGGCAUUUGUGAAGAGAAUGCCAUUGCUCUUCUUUCCGCCGCUGUCAAAUAUGAAGCUCAGGACUUGGAAGAAUUUUGCUUCAGAUUUUGCAUAAACCAUUUAACUGUUGUUACACAAACUCAAGGCUUUGCAGAAAUGGACCACGACCUCCUGAAAAACUUCAUUAGCAAAGCAAGCAGAGUGGGAGCAUUCCGAAAUUGA